CUCGUGCAUUUAUGGACGAACUGCAUGCGCGCCGCCGCCGGACACUCACACAGUCCCCCACUGACCCCCAACCACGAAGUCCUUUGAUCGAUAGCUGUUUAUGCCUCAUAGCCAUUAACUAUAUAAGCUAGUUAGUGCACCUAGCUAGAGCCGCCAUUACCCUAGCUCGCUGAUCGAACAAUGUCGACGGGGAAGCACCCCUUCUACCGCGGCAUCCGGAGCCGGUGCGGGAAGUGGGUCUCGGAGAUCCGCGAACCUCGCAAGGCGCGCCGCAUCUGGCUCGGGACCUUCCCGACGGCCGAGAUGGCCGCCGUGGCGUACGACGUGGCCGCCCUCGCCCUCCGCGGACCAGACGCCGCGCUCAACUUCCCGGCCAUCGCCGCCACUCGCCCCGCUCCGGCGUCCACCUCCGCCGACGACAUCCGCGCGGCGGCCGCCGCUGCUGCCACCUCGUUGCAGCACGAUCGCUCUGCCGGCAUUGGCAUUGCUCCCGCGCAGCAGCAGUUCGGCGGGAGCAGCAGCGCCGCCGCAUCGUCGGCGGGCGGCGGGGCGCAGCAGGACCAGGCGGGUAUUGGGUUCGACCAGUACUUCCUGGAUGAGGAGGCGCUGUUCGAGACGCCACAGUUCCUGCGCAACAUGGCAGCUGGGAUGAUGAUGAGCCCACCGAGGCUCAGCCCCGACUCCUCCGAUGAAUCACCCGACCCUUCCGAUGCCGGGGAGAGCUUGAACCUCUGGAGCUACCGUGACCCAUAGCUCCAUCAUCGACCAUCCUGCUGCCAUGGUAACGUUGCUACUAUUGCUGCGACAUGACUACUACUGAACUUUGAAUCUGAAUAAUGAGGAGAUAGGUAAGGAGGAAGGCGCAUACCGGUGUGGAGCUCAUUUUUUUCUCAUCGGUGACGCAUGGCAGAUGUUCUACCUCUAUCUCUCCUCUCCUCUGUCUGUCUAAUUUUUUUCCCCUUCUCUUUGAAGUUUUUUUCACCUUCUGCUUUGAUAAGAGCCAGAAGGGAGUCUCUCCUUUGUCACUAGGUUGGGCUCUGUUUGAAGUAUCCGACCAUGGCAGUAUAUAAAGCUGCUGGGCGAUACUUGCUUAAAAUGUCAAGUAGGUCACGAGCAGGGUAGCUUGUAUGCACUAUUUAUGUGGAUAUAGUUGUGUAAGUUUGUACUGAAUGUGGAAAUUGAUAGUAUAUAUAUUCCGGGGGUGGAUUGGCUAUAGCAUGUGCGCACAGUGCAUCGCUCCACCUUUCCCCUUUUCUAAA